GGAAGAAACGACGACAAGAAGAAGAAGAAGAAGAAGAAGAAGAAGAAGAAGAAGCAAAUACUGACAGAUACACAGCAAAAGAACAGAAAUGGCACAAACAAGAAUCAGCGGAAGACAAGUCUUCAUGACAGUGCUCUACAUGGUGGCCGUGUGCAGAGCCAUCCCCCUCGGUGAACUCCUGGACCGAGCCUCUCAGGGCUCUGACAAACUGCACGCCCUCAGCACCAUGCUCACCCAAGACCUGGAUUCUCAUUUCCCUCCUAUCGGCCGGGCCCUCAUGCCUCGUCCAGCCAUGUGCCACACCUCCUCUCUGCAGACGCCCAACGACAAAGAGCAAGCUCUGCAAGUAUCGGAGUCGGACCUGAUGUCACUGGCUCGCUCCUUGCUCCAGGCCUGGGUGGAUCCCCUGAUGGUCCUGGCCAAUUCCGCCGGCACCCUGCCUCACCCGGCCCAAAGCAGCAUCGCCAACAAGAUCCAGCAGCUGCAGGAGCAGUCCAAGAUGCUCGGAGAUGGCCUGAAUGUACUAUCUAGCAAGAUGGGUCCAGCUGCUCAGUCCAUCUUGUCGCUGCCCUACGGAGGAGGCAGUGACCUCGGCCAGGACAGGAUUUCCAGAUUGAUCAACUUCAAUUUCCUGCUGUCCUGCUUACGCAGGGACUCCCACAAGAUUGACAGUUUCCUGAAAGUCCUGCGCUGCCGGGCGGCGAAGGUGAAUCCCGAUAUGUGUUAACAAACGGAAGAAAAUGGAUUACAUAGAAACCGCCCAACAGCCCCUGCUAGGAAUCAGCUACCUUAGAUGAUAUGCUAUAGUUUUAUGCAUUUUACAUUUUCAGAGUGAAAAUAAAGUUAUGCAGCACACA